AUGGUCACCGGGGUUGGCCGCGUGGAAAAAACACGAAAAUCCGUGUCCUUAAAGUCGUCAUCCCCGGAGUCUUCUUCAUCCUCCUUUUACCCCUCUUCUCUCAGUACAUACGGCAGCUUCUCUUCAGCCUCGUCACAAUAUCAACCGCGCGAUCAUCUAGAGACAUUGUUCAUCAAACACGGAUACCCCACUCCCGUCUCUCUUUCCUCGCUGCGAGAUUUAACUGCCACUGUUUCGGCAUAUAACCCACCUUCUCCUCGACGUUCUCGUUCAGACUCCCCUGAGCAUCUUGACUCAUCUUCUCCCACAAAGCCGAUCCCGAUCCCCAGACGGCAAGGUCCGAUAUACGACGAACAUCUCCCCGUCACACCGCUCACUGGUCGUUUCGACAAAGAAGACUACAUUGAAGAUUGGGAACGUGCCUCACUGUCAGCCAAAUCACGACACGCCUUCCCCCGUGUCCAUUACCAUUCCAGCAUGCGGUCCGAUCACUCUCCUUACUACUCGCCAGUCGCAUCGCCAACUAUGUCCCCCCGGCGCACUGCUUCCCCACAGCCAUCGCGCUCUCGCUCUCAGGCUCCAACGAAGUCGGUCCCGGGCUUCCACCUCGGCGCUCUACCUCGCUUCCACCCGGCAGUCUUUCAAGACCCCACUUCGUCCCACUCAAUUACCGGGCAGCCUGCAUCCCCACGUCAAUCUCGCCAACAAACUUACCGCCCUUCUUCCAGUUCGCGUGACAUGAAAUGGCAAUUCGGAUAUCGCGAUCUGGACUUGAAUCAAAGUCCGUCGGCCCCACGCUUGGACCCCCUGAAUAGUCCUGGCCCGGUGACACCACUCGCUUUGGAGUCUGGAGAUUAUCUGGCUGCUGGGUCUGUCAGCAAGCCUUCAAACUCUCGGGAUGCCAAAACACAGCAUUCUGGCCCUCAUCCCGACUUGAUCGAAAAACUCCUUGUCUGCAAAAAUGAAAAUGAUCGUCAGAGACGCAUCUCUACCAAGGGUCGAUGA